UUCAAUGUCAAAAUCUAUCGCGUGAAACACCCCUGACCUCGAUUACCGACAAGGUCGUACAAAAAGUCGUAUGACUUGGAAUACGGAUUGUCAGUGUUUUCUUCUUCUCCACGUUUUUUAGUAAAUAAAAAAAAAUCUGCUGCGUUGAACGAAAUUCCUAUAUUCAUUGUUAUUAAUGAAGCGAUAAAAUGAUUCUCAAGAUUCCAUUUGUUAUUCUUAUCAUCAGGAUAAAUCAGAUUACGGCUAAAAAUGAAAUCGAUUACGGCAGCUAUUCGGAUACAGAACCGAUUCUCACCGAUUUUAUCAAAAAAGUUCCAGAAAAACAAAUCAAGUUUAUGAACACCACGCUGGACAUAAAGCUACCCAAUUUCCAAAAUGCGAGAAUAAUCAAUUCGAAUGGCAGCAUCUAUCUCCUAAAUGGUCUUGACCUGUUUGCAGUAAAUGUGCAGAGUAAAUCGGAAGACGGAAAUAACCUAAAAAAGAUCGGAAGCUUGGGUGGUGUCAACAAUCAGCCAAUUUCGGAUAUUAAGGCAUCACCGUGGAGAAACUACACAGUAUUCGUAGUCGAUCUAGAUGAUUACUCGAAUGUGUAUGUAGUUAAAGGAAACGUGGAAACAGACGUUUUGAAUCCCAUUGAACAAUUGACCAAGCAAGGAGCGCACUGCAAAGUCAAAUUAUUUCAAUUCAAUCGAGGAUUAUAUUGCGUCAUCGUUAACGUGCUGUUGAACCAUGACCGUUCUACAUUGUACCUGUACAAGUGGCGUAAAUCUCAUUUCACUCGAUUGGAGACGUUGUCCACUGACAACGCCAACGAUAUCAUUGCUUACACAGCGGAAUCGUUUGCCAUAGUCGUAACAGUUAGCUAUUUUCCCAAUGCGUCACAACGUACGCUGUUAAACGUGUACAUUCUGACUGAUCGUGACGAACUGAGGCAUAUUCAGAUGUUUUACAUAAAUGCAGCGAUCAUUUUUCCGAUUACCCUGGUCAAUCGCUUCUAUUUCUAUAGCGUUUCCCGUUCAGGUCGUCUGAGGUCAUACCAAUGGGACCAGGAAAAAUUUGUCAAAUUCAUGGACUACAAACAUCUGAAGAAUGUCACAGCAUUUGCAUCUGGACAAAAUCUGGUGAUUGGUCAAAUCAAUAAUGAACUGCUUGCAUUCACCAAUGUGUCGUUGUCGCCAGCAUACGCAAUAUCCACUAAUUUUUCAAAGGAUGUCAUUAAAAUUGCGGUCACAGAUGCGAAUCAGGAAGUUUACGUCACUUGUUUCUACAAAAGUUCCGAUGAUGCUUUGCUAAUGACGACCAUGAAGUCUGAAUUGGAAGACGUACAAGAAUCAUUUCUAAGUGACGUUAGAGAUACAACUGGAGACUGUGUAAACGCAGUGAGGAACGUCCAAAGAAAUCUAAUUCCAAUCAUUGAAACUAUCAGGAGUAUGGUGCCUCUCAUUUACCAUAAAGACAGCAACGAAAAUGUCGACUCCACAUUGCAUAUUGGAACUCUGUCAGUGGCCAAGAAAGUGAAUAUUCGACAGCUUAACGUAGAAGCAAAUUUGAAGGGGAGCUUAAAACAAUUGGUCGAUGGAAUCGAUGGUAUAACUGCUAGAUUGAAUGCGUUGCGUAAUAAGACUGUGCGCCAUAAACGGAAUAUGGUGCCGUCAAUUAAUACGCUCAAAGUUAAGCGGUUGAAUCUGCCGAAAGAGUUGUUUAAUAAAAUUCUAAUUAAAAGAAAUGGAACCGCGAGCUUCCAAGGUAAGCUCACAACGAAAAAACUAACUGCCAAAACCAUAAAACUCGGUGGAGCACAGGAUCCGAACGUUGGAACGAUAUUGCCGGUUGCACACAAGAAAGUAGAAGGAAUAAGCCGAAUACAAAAUCUGGAGGUGAAAAGCAUCAAUGGCAUCGAUUGGAAUGAGUUCUACGGAUCUUUGUAUUUGAAGGACUCACCUCAACCCAUUGAAGGCAAUUUGAUCAUCUCAAAGCCCAGUCGUAUCAAGCAUUUAGAAGUAGCGACUGUAAACGGAUAUCCUGUCGACACACUGUUCACAUUGAACACGGAUCAGGAAAUUUCGAGUAAUUUGGUCGUAUCAACAUUUCACUGUCCAGCGCUUGAUGCGAAUCUCAUAAACGGAAUUGAUUUCGGGAACAAUGUUGCCAGACUCAAUGAAAAUAAUGUCAUUGAGACACCGGUGAAAAUCUUGGAAGCACACAUCGGUAAUCUAACACUAGCAAACACUGGCGAUGACGAAUUCAUAACGAAGCACAUUGUCGGAACAAGAGUGGAGGACUUGUCACAGAUUUACAAUGGUAAAGUAAUCAUCAAGGGUUCGUUGAAGCUGGCGAAUGUCUUGCUGGAAAAUCCGAAAACAAACAUGUUCAUCAAUGACCAACGAUUCGGAUUGAAUUUUGCUGAUCACUUUUGGAUGAAAUCAGUUGAUCAGACGCUGGGAAAUGUAGCAUGGACGUCAGUCAUUUCAACUCCUCAAAUAUUCGCAUCGCAGAUAAAUAACGUUCCAGCCGAGAAGCUUGUCGUCGUCACUGCUCCGCCGAAGGAUUUAGUGAACCUAGUCUUUCAAAGGGCAACUGUUAAUGGAAAUGUGUACACGGAUCCGGAAUUCGAAACAAUUCUCACCAGAAUCAAUAAAGGUUGUGUACGACGUGGCAGCUCGACGGUAAUAACGGGAACAAAAACAUUUACCGGCAUUCUAACCGUAAAUGACUUCAACGGAGUACUGGUGGAUUAUCCAGCAACGGAAAACUUUGUGCGGAACAACAACGAUGAGAAUAAAUUCUAUUUGAAUUGCACGAAGAAAUUCGAAUCGGUCACCGUGCACGGAAACGUCGAGUUUGGCGGUAAUAAUUUGAUUCUGAGUCAUUGGAAUGGUUACAAUUUGCUGGAGUUUUUCCAAAAUGCUGUCCGGAUCGAUCAGCCAACGAGAUUGGACAGUCUGUCGUUCACGAAUAUUAAAGCCACCAAUUUGACAGUGAACAAGAUAAACAAUCGUCUGUUCAGUGAACUUGUUUCCGGUUUGGAAAGUUCUGUCGGUCAUCAGGGUACUUUGAAUACCGUGCAUAUCAAUGGUGAUCUGAACAUCAGAAAUCUGUUUGUGGAGACAAUCAAUGAUAUCAAUUUCGAUAAUUAUCUUGGAUUGGUUGUUACUGGCGUCGCUGGCGGACAGAUUGGUGGUGUUAAGAGAUUUUUGUACGGCCUUAGUGUUGAUAAUCUAUUCGUUCGUCACGUCAAUUCUGUCGACAUUGGGUAUUGGCUCGCGAAUGCUUUGCAUAAAACCAAAGACCAAGUCAUUGGUGGAAAAUGGUCUCUAACAACUGCCAGCAUAAGUGAAAUGAAUGCCAACACGAUAAAUGGUUUGAAUGUAAAAGAAAUCAUUGAUUCAUCAGCGGACACCAUUGAAAUUCGAUCCAAUAUGAGAAUUCAGUCGCUGGAUGUGUCUCGGAAUAUAAACGGCGAAAUGGCUUGUGAUGUCAAGAGUUUGGCCACUGUCUUAGAAAAUGGUCUGACUAAGACGAAUUGGAACGCAAUUAUUGUCAACGGAUAUGUUGGAUGGCCAGAUGAUGAACCGUCGCUGUUGAAUGAAAUUCUCAAAUUUGCUGUGACUGGUUCGGAUCAAAUCAUUACCGGAGAUGUCGUUUUCACAAACAUCACGUACAUCGAUCAAAUCCAAUCUACCGGAAUCAUAAACAACGUCAAUGUGUGGGGCAUCUUCAACGAUUCUCUUGUGAAGAACAGCAAGCUGCAAAUCAUCAGUGGUUCAACGAUAUUCAAACAGCCGCUUAAAGUGACGAACCUUGUCACUGAAAAGGAUCUUAGAGUUCCAUUCAUCAACGACGUUAAUGUGGUUCAAUUGAAUAAUUCUAUCUUUCGUAUUGGCGAAGCAAAUGUGAUUUCCGGUACGAAAACGUUCGCUCAGCCGAUCAAAAUUGAUCGAUUAUUCAUUGACGGUUUAUUGAAUGGAAUUCCCGUCAAUGAUAUUGUGUUUGUGAAUUCGACUACCGUACUGCCGCCGAUUGUCUUCCACCAACCGAUCUUAAUCCGCAAGGAUUUGACACUAGCCAACAAUUUGAAUGGAUUGAACUUCGAUUUUCUAAUCAACAACAUCGUUCGAAAGGCUGGUCCACCGCAGGAGACGUCUGGUAGGAUUACGUUUCAAAAUUUGGUGUUGCGAGGUGAUGCAAGGAUUCCAUUCAUCAAUAACAUCGACAUCGACGAAAUUGUUGUGAAAUCGUCUGAUUCGAUUCAAGAAAUCAUUGCAUUCAAAACGGUAACAGGCGACGUGUACAUAGAUGGACCGAUUAUAAUUACAACAAUCAAUGGAUUGGACGUAGUGGACGCCUAUUCCAGUUCGAUAUUUUUAGACCAGAACAUGGUCAUCAGAAGGUUGGAUAUAACGAAUGAAAUCGUUGCACACCAGGGCAUUACGGUUAAAUCUCAAAUUAACGGUGUUCCGAUUGGGCCGCUGAUUGAUUGGCAACCCCCAACGCAAACUGAUUUGACACCAUUAUGGUCGAAUGUUGGCAACAUUAUAAGCGAAGCCGAAAAUCUGUUGCAUCAGAAUUAUGGACAGUCGUUCCAUCUACUUUACUUGGACUAUGCCUCAAACAUUAAAGUGAAAUUUGACACUGUCAACAGCCAUCCAGUAUCGUUCAUAAUCGACACAGUUCAUUCGGGCGAAAUGUGCGGUCUGGAUCAUCGAUGCGAUUGUGCUGCACAGUACGAUGUUAGUAUAGGUUUUCAUCAGGUCUUUGUCAAUCGUCGACCGUUUAACGACCGGCAAAUUAAAAUGAUUGGAUCGAAUUGUAACGUAACCGUAAGGACAAAUUUCAUAAAUGUCUGCACGGCUAAUGUACCAGCACAGACGGUAAUCGAAUGGUCGACCAUUAGUGGAUUCGGAUCGCUGACCAUAAAUGAACCAAUAUUCGGUGUCAAGUUAUAUGAAGUCAACACGGACAUAUUUAUGUUAGUAAAUUAUGCCAAUGGGUCCAUUUUUGCCUUGAAAUAUGCUCACCAAGAGAAUAACUGGUUCACCAACGACAUAAUCAGUGGCAGUAAUAUCCACGUGGACGUACUUCAAUGGAAAUUGUUCAAAAUACUAAUUGUCUUGAGUCGACCAAGCGAAAUCAAGAGUCACGAUGUUGCAAGACUUUGGUUCUAUAACACUGCAGCAGGACAGCAGGGAUUCGAAAUGUUCCAGGAAAUAUCGGGGGAAUACAAUUUAUGUUCGAAGCUGUACAUGCAGCACGAGGAUAAAUUUGUAUUGUUUUUGAGCAAGAUGGGAUCUCAAUUCAUUAGCGUGUACAUGGUGCAUUGGGGCGCAGAGUUCCAGUUGUUUCAAACGUUGUCGCUGGAUUCGGGAGUUAGAACGUUUUCGGCGUUUACUGUUGAUGAUGCUCAUUGUCUUGCAGUUGUCACCACAAAUGGCUAUUUGUACCUCUUCAAAUACAACAACAUCGAAGGAUGGUUGCAAAUAGUUUACGGCUUCUUCAAAGAUAUUGAAUCGGUCAUGCCGUUCAGUCACUUAAACAAAAUUUAUUUAUUUGUUUCGAUGAAUAAUUCAGCAACUGUAAUCGGUGUCCAUUCGCAGGGAUUGCAUUGAUAUGAUAAACAAAUUGUAAAUUGGGAAUUAUGAAUCGAGCAAAAUUGUUAUUGUUGAUUUAGUUUUAAGUUGAAAAUUUUAAUGCAAAUUAAAGUGCAAUUUAUUGAUCA